UGAUGUCUAUCGACUGAUUUUGAGGAAAGCUAGUGUCCGUUUAACUGCAAGACAAGCUUUUUUAACACGGCCGACACAAAUGUUACAUGGGUAUAGCAAAGUCAUGUGUGUGUGUGUGUGUGUGUGUGUGGGAGAGAGAGAGUCCUGUCUGACAUUUGUACCGACUCUUCUGCUCUCCACCCCUAAGUACUUCAACAAAGAUAUAAGCACCAGAGCAGUGAUUUCACAAGAGGAAGCAGUAGCAGACCAGAGUGAGAGAAGAAACUAUGGCAGAGAACAAGAUGGGGCAAAACAUUGGGGCUGGGGCUGGAAUUCUUGCCAAACGAGUACAAAAGUCAUUGAAUCGUGCUCAGGAAAAGGUCAUGCAGAAGCUGGGGAAGAACAUGGAGACUAAAGAUGAACAGUUUGAGCAGUACUCCCAGAACCUUCUCAAACAACAGAAUGAUGGGGGAAGACUAUUCAAAGAAGUCCAAGCGUACUUCCGCGCAGUGAAAGUGAUGCAUGAGACAUCCAAGCGACUGUCCCAGACGUUAAGAGACGUCUACGAACCUGACUGGCAGGGAGGAGAGGACCUGUCUGUCAUCAUGGAGAGUGAGGACUUGCUGUGGAAUGAUUACGAAGAGAAACUAACAGACCAAAUAGUCCGCACCAUGGAGAAUUACACUGGCCAGUUUCAUGAAGUCAAGGAACGAUUGGCCAAACGCGGUCGGAAGCUAGUAGACUACGAUUCCUCACGUCACCACUUGGAGGCGCUGCAGAAUGCCAAGAAGAAAGACGAUGCCAAAAUCACAAAGGCAGAGGAGGAGUUCAACAUAGCCCAGAGUGUGUUUGAGGAAAUCAACAAAGAGAUGAGGGAGGAGCUUCCUGUUCUCUAUCAAAGCCGGAUUGGCUGUUACGUGACCGUCUUUCAAAACAUUUCCAACCUGAGGGAUGUCUUCUAUAAGGAAAUGAGCGUGCUGAACCAUGAGCUUUACAGUGUGAUGAAGAAGCUGGAGACUCAGCAUUCAGGAAAAGCGUUCAUCAUCAAAGGCCUCAAUAGCACCAAGUCCAAGAAGAAGAAAUCCCUGCUCAUCUCAGCACCCAUCCCCUGUAACACUGCCUUCCCCUCGGACCACACAUCCCUCCAUGCAUCCGCAGCCCCCGAAAACAGCAAAGAGACUGUCCUGUCCAGCCACGAGACCCACACCCAGAGCAUCUCUGAGGAGCACGUUUCCCUCGUAGGAGAGGCAGAUGAGGGCACUCACAGCGUCCUCACGUCAGAAACGUCCGACUUCUCAGACGAGCUUAGCUCCAACGGCGCUGCUACGCCCAACAGACGGUCGGCGUGUGACAGCGACAACGGGGUCGGAAGCGACAUCGCAUCAGAGGGUCUGAGUGAUGUCCCAGAGGGUGGGGCUUCAGAGGAGCAGGGCCCUAGCCAAUCCGUCGGAAAAGGGCAAGUUCAAAGGUCAGAGGUGACUGGGUGUGAAGUCACAAUCAGUCAGGAGGCUCUUCCAAUGUCCACAGAGAGCGACGGACCACAUGACACUGAGCAGGAGAGUGCGCCUGUUUCUCCAGAUAAUGGUAAAGCCAAGCCCCCACCUCGUCCUGCUCCACGCUGCUCCUUCCCCCCCUCUGAGAGGCACUCCUUCCCUCCUGCGGAGGCCAGCCAGGUGGAGACGAAGGUGGAAGAGGGAGAAGGGGCUUCCCAGGCCCUGCAGGGAGUGGCGCUGGAGGGUCACGCUUCAGAAGACGGGACGCUGCAGUUUGAUGUGGAAGACGUGAUUCUCAUGUUCGCCGACACAGAGGAGAAGCAGGAAAGCAUAGCGAAGGGGGUGAGGGAGAAGGCCUGUAUCCAGCAGGGAGAUCUAUCAGAUUCAGAAUGAGCCAAUGGUGGCCUUUUGUUUCCUGCUGUCAUGACACAGCUGCACACAAAAUGGCAAUGGACCAAGAUGGUGUGGAGGACAUCUUAAAAAAUGAGAGAGAAAAAAAGGAACACAAGCCCCAUGUGAUUAUUACUCACAUGCUUCCAUGUCGCAACUUGUUGGUAGAUACUGAUGAGUUUCACACCUACCGAGAGAUUUUUGCAGAAUGUUCUGAAUUGUUAACACAUGAUUGUCUAAUCUACAGUAUUUUGCCCUUGUUUGUAUUGUUAUUGUGUAAGUCUAGAAACUGAAAUGCAUAGAACCCCUUAUUGUAUUGAUGCCGAUGAAAGAUGUAUAGUUUAAUAAAGUUAAGUGUGAGAGCAGUGGAGGUGUUGUUCAAAGAGCAGUAAGAAAGAAAAGCUAGAUUUCAGCAUACUUACCAUUCUGUCUAAAAUGGGUUUCAUGUGUUGUUUUUAGGGCAGUUUACUUUUCCAUAUGCCCCUAAGUCAACGUUUCCCAAACUUGGUCGUCGGGACCCCAAAAAGUUUGGGUUUUUGAAUAAGCUGUGUAAUGCUAGGGCAAAAACAAAAACGUGAACUCCUUGGAGUCCCGGGGACAGAGUUUGGGAAACCCUGCCCUAAGUAGUCAAGCACCUGUGUAUCACACUUUACAACGCAUGGUGGCGGUAGUGGUCUAACACUUAAACUACAGAGACAAGCCUUUUCCACUUGAGAUGCUUUUCCAUGUUUUUUGCAGUGAUUUUGAAGCUAUAUUAGCAUCAACUUUAUACAUCCCAAUGCCCUACAGUGGUUGCUCAUUUAAAAAUUGCGUCAUACUCCAGCACAGCUUGCGGGCUGCUGCAGCAUUCUGUGGCACGUUAUCUAAUUGUCAGCCAUUUUUUCUGUUAAUGCAAGCUAGUGCUAGUUUGACCACCAGAGGGCAUCUUUGAGAAGUGUUUGAUAGUCUUCCAUAUUGGCCUUACCAGAGAAUUUAAAACAUUUUUUGUAAUAACAUAGAAUAUGGGAUUGAUUUUUUUUUAAAUUGGCUUAAUUUGAUUAAUAUUAUGGUGUUUUUAUUCUGAGAAAAACGAAACCCUCAGGGUUUCCAUUAGGAUGGAAUGGAAAAUAUGGCGCUGUACAUGACGGUCGGAAGUAGGCUACAGCAUAGGAAGAUUGAAGGAUUCUAAAUGGUUUGCCUUCAUUAGACAACUUUGUUACAAUAUUUCUGUAAAUCGGUGAUAUUUUUUCCCAUUAUAAUUCGUUAUGGAUCCAUAACUAAAUCAACACAUGCAUUUUGAAAGAGUAUUUAUCAUUAGUUUAUUAAAGAAAGCAUAAAUAUGCUGAAUAAAUACAGUACUGUAUAUGCUUUUACAUUUGGAUAAUAAAGUAUUUAGAAGAUAUAA